GUACGGUAAUUUACGAUAGCAUUAAAUAUUACAAAAAUUACACAAUAAUAAAAAUAAAAAUUUUUMUUUUUCGAGAGCCCUCGCUUGAUUGUCUGUCCGACUGCAAAUCGUGCCCGGGCCGGCUGCAAGGUUGAGUGUAUGUAUAUGUGUUAGUGUGCACGUGCGCGCGCGCGCUGUGUGCAGCCAUAGCGAUGAUGCAGCGUAGGGCGAGGUGGUGGUACCGGGUGACAGAUCGCCGCCGACGCGCAUCGCGUAGCCCGACAGGUUGGCCAACCGCGUAUCGACGACAAAUCGGUGGCCGACCGACCGUCCGUAUACAUGUGUCGCGGUGGCCGCCGCCGUUGUCUACACCCGUCGGCGGGCGACCGAUGGUGGUAACAGUGUUCGCCGCGCACACUCUCGACCGUGGUAGUACCGCCGUCGUCGCACGACCGUAGUCCGUACGACUCGUGCACGACAUUCGGUCGUAGUCGUCGUGUUCGCUGCUGAGAACGUCGCGUGUUACGUCGAUCGAUUAUAAACGACUAAGGUGGGGCACACGAGGCCUGAACGGCGUCCAAAUGAUCGUGGCCAUGGAGAGGAAACUGAUAUCGGAGCUGAUCGAAGAGUACAAGACGUGCACCUGCCUGUGGAGGAUCAAGGACCCCGACUAUAAGAACAAAGAGAUGAAGAACGAGGCGUACGAGUCGUUGCUGCAGUUGAUAAAAAAGUAUAACGAGAGCUGUACAAUGGACGACCUGAAACGUAAAAUAGCGAAUCUGAGAACUUGUUACUUGCGGGAAUUCAAAAAAGUAAUGGAUGCCAAAAGAUAUGGUGGAGUAUACGAGCCCAGUUUGUGGUAUUACAAAUCCUUAGAGUUUCUAAACGAUCAGCAUCACAGUGAAGACAGGGUGCGGUUGGGCCGCAGUUAUCCGGAUAACAGUGACGAAGAUAAUGAGUCAAACGAGACGCAAAACAUUUUGGUGUACGAGGAAGUCGAUGACCGAGCUGGGUCCGAAGACAAGGACUCGUGUUCCACCGAACCCGAGUACCAACAGCCAUGUACCGCGACCAGCAGCAAUUUGCACACCAGCGCCGGAGAUGGCGUCAAGAGACCCAAAAGACGGCGACGGGUGUUGGACGUGUCGGCGGCGCCGAACGGACUGUCCAGCAGAGCGCCGCCACCGCCGCCGCCGCUGACGCCACUGGAACGGUUCUCGGGCAAUACCGGAACCGCCGACUUUUACGAACCUCAAAUAUUGGGUGGCGUUGGUGGCGACCCUGCCGACCCUCCAGUGGCCGACUACUACGACGGUUUUGGCAGGUACGCGGCCAACGAGCUCCGGCAGAUGGACAGGCAGUCGGUGAUCAUCGCCAAGCGGCUGGUCAACGAAGUUCUGUUUCUGGGCCAGAUGGGCAUGUUAAAUGUCAACACCAGGAUCGAGACGCCGCCGACCGGCAGACGGAAGAACGCGUCCUCAGCGAAUGCGUGCAAGUCAGAAUCGCGUAAUCGCCGUCACCGUCGACGCCGCGACGACGACGACGAAGACGAAGACGACGACGACCAAGAGCAUGGACACGACGGCGGCGGUGGUGGUCGCGAAUCUUCGUUGUCGCCGAUGCCGCCGGUCGAGUUCAUGGAGACUUCGUGAUACGCCGCGGAAAGUGGUCGGUCGGUCGAUUGACCAGCGAUCAGCUGCGCCUCUCUUCACGUAGCCGAUAUCCGCUYUCUCCACCGAAGUGAACGAAGACCGAACUCGAUGAUUGACGUCUACAUCUUUGACGAAUCCUGCAAAAAAUCGGUCUGGUCAACACGGCGCAUAGUGUUGAAUGUUGAUAUGCAGUCUACAUUUAUAUAUUAUACAUUAGCAAUUUAUGUAUAGAUGAAUAUGAAUUGUGUAUAAAGAAUUUAAAAAAGAAAUUAUUCUUUACAUGAAAUAUUUAUUUUAUAAGACUGUUUGAUAUUCUGCACGUUUUUUUCUUCUAMAAUUUGAGUACAACUUUUUUAUUAAAGUUUAAAAUUUAUUGUUUUCGAUGUUUUUUGUUAUUUAGACGACAGCUUGUUAUAAUAACUAAUAKAUGUAAUUUAUCAUAUACAGACUAGUCCAUAAGCAUGAAUUGAACUAUUUAUAUACGAGAUAUU